GUUGCUGUGUCGACAUCUACUGGCGAAAAAUAAACUGUCGAAGCACCGUUACUGCUGCAUUCAGGUACACGUGGGACUUUUAAAGUGGCAUCAAGUAAAAUUGUUGAAUCGUAAUAUGAAGUUUUGACAUUCUCGGAACAGGAGGGAAAAAUAAGCAGAGUUUUGUAAGGGACGAAACUUUUUUUUUUUUAAUUGUUAAUAUGAUCGAAGUACUGCUAUUUCCAAUGGUCCGUGAAGGCAGCGUAGACCUCAUGUUGUCGUCACUGAGGUUGAUAAAAGUGGCGGCCAGCUGGUUUGUCUUGACGUUUGCAACUCGCCGACAAAUCGUCUCGGAUUUUAACUUGACAUAGAAUUUGUUAAAAAAAAAAAAAACAUAAUAAUAUUGCCUUUCUUCAGGAGGAAAUAAUGAAGAGCAGUGUUAUUACGGCAUUGUUGGUUGUUUUGCAGUUUCAAGUCAGCUACGUGACGGCAAGAUCUGCUUUUGGUUUUAGCAGCCAGACACUGUCUACGAUCGUGGAAAGCCCACCCGGAAGCCCCGAGAGAGCCAAGGUCUGGGCCUCGGACCUCGGGGGCCUCUCCAGGGACCGCGGCCUGCCGGACGACCCUGAUGCCGACGACAACGCCACGCAGAUUGUGAACAUGGAUCACGUCUACUACACGUCUAAAAUCGUCGGUCCCGGAGACGCGUGGGUCCACACGGAGCGGGCCGACAAGAACCGGUGGAAGAGCAGCGGCUUCCUGUCCAGCACGCACCGCCAAGCCGAGAGAAUCAAUCUUUCUUUUGACUUUCCGUUCUACGGGCACCUGCUGAAGGAAGUCGCCGUGGCAACGGGAGGUUUCCUUUAUACGGGCGAGGUCCUCCACCGCUUGCUCACCGCCACUCAGUACAUUGCGCCGCUCAUGGCCAACUUUGACCCCGCCCUCUCCAGCAACUCCUCCGUCUUUUACUUUGAUAAUGGCUCCGCCCUGGUGGUGCAGUGGACCCGCCUCCACCUGCAGGACGACGCCCGCUCGGGCGCGUUCACUUUCCAAGCGUCCCUGCACAGCGACGGACGCAUCGUCUUCGCCUACAAAGAGAUCCCCGUUGACAUCAGCGACGUCAGCAGCCAGAAUCAUCCGGUCAAAGUCGGCCUGUCGGACGCUUUCGUGGUGCUCCACGAGAUUGACCAGAUCCCCAACGUGCGGCGGAGAACCAUCUACGAGUACCACAAAGUGGACAUUCUCAAGUCCAAAAUCUCCAACGCCACCACUGUCGAGAUAUUACCGCUUCCAACCUGCUUGCAGUUUUCCAGCUGUGCUCCGUGUGUCACUUCUCAGAUCGGCUUCAACUGCAGUUGGUGCUCUCGCCUGCAGAGAUGCUCCAGCGGCUUCGAUCGGAACCGACAGGACUGGGUGGACCACGGCUGCCGGGAGGAGGGACGAGAUCCCCGUUGUCUGCGAGGGCCCGACGUCACGGACGCGUCGUCCCGCCACCGCGCGGCGGCGCCCGCUGAUGUGGCGCCGUCGACGGCCCAAUCUGGCCAGCGGAAGCGCUCCGGCCCGACCGGCGCCCCUCACGGCAGGUCAUCCGACGCCCGGAAGUCGCAGGCACGGAGUCGGGGGGAGGCGACGUCUGCUCCUUGUUCCUUCACCAGCCGACCCGCAGCGGGCGGCGAGGACAACGACACGGGCCAGCGGGACCAAGCGGGUCUCCUGGCGGGCUUGGUCGUGGUGAUGGUCGUCACGGCGGCGGCGUUCCUGGUAUUCGUCUACGUGUACAAUCACCCGACGUCCGGCGCCAGCCUCUUCUUCAUGGAGCGGCGCCCCGCCCGUUGGCCCACCAUGAAGUUCCGCCGCGGCUCGGGCCGCCCUCCCUACGCCGAGGUGGACCCCCACGCGGCGGUCGUCGCCCCCGAGCGGUCGUUCGUCGUGGCCGCCAGGCGGGAGAGCGAGCAGAAGGAAGGCUUCAUCGUCCCCGACCCGCGGGAGCGAUUCCUCCGCUCGGACAGCUCCUGACCUGGACUGCGACUCUUUCUUACGUUUCUACCUCCGUGAGGAAAGGAGAAGAUUUUCACGCGGGCUUCGCGUUUGCCAGUGGACUGCCGAAAUGUUCUCCGCGAAGACAGCCAGACUUUGUGGCCGAGAUCGCUGUUAUGUGUCAG